CUGCGUGCUGUGAGAGUGAGGGAACAGAAAAUGCAAAAGGGCUUUAAUAUUCCUAUUUAAACACCCACAAUUUCAUGAAGGUAAUAAUACUGAUAAUAUAUCUCAAAGAUGGUGUGAAAUGUAAUGCAUAGCAGAAGAAAUUUUAUGAAGUACAUGUAGUUAUAAAAAUAAGAAAAUUAUGUCGUUGUCCAAAAGGAAAAGUUUGGAUGAUAACACUGAUGAACCUGACUUGAAGAAAGUAAAGGAAUUCUCAGAUGUUGAAGGAACAAAUGGACAUCAAAAUUGUGCAGUUGUAGAUGGUACUCAAGAAUAUGAUCUUGAGGACUCAGAUGGGUUUGAAUUUGACCCACAAUCUACCUUGAAACAAGAUUCAUUUGAUGGUAAUGCAGUAAUUGAUAGUGAAGCCAUUGCCAAGUUGCAAAGAGAAAUAACAGAGGAAUAUGCAGCAGAUAUUGAUAGUAAGAGUGGAGAGGGACAUGAAAAUCCAUCCACCACCAAAAUAUCUAUGGAAAAGAUUGUUUCUAUUCAAAAAGAUGCAGAACUUAUUAAAGGAAUCAUACCAGGCAGUGACAUUGAAACAAUUUAUGAUAAAAUUAUGAAAAAGAGGAAUAUGAAAAAUAGGGUAGAUGUUGUAACAAAUGAUCUUCUUGAAGACAGUGAAAACAUGAAUGCAUCAGCUGUUAGCAGUGCGUCAGAUAGUUCAAGUGAUGAAGGAAUAUUCAAAGAAAUAGCUGAAGUUCUUAUUGUGAGACCAAAUGCUGAUCCUAACAGAGUGUACGAUCUUUUGGAUCAGUUAACCGACACUGAGAAUAGAGUUGAAAAAGUUCUUGGCAAGUUAACUAGUGCUGAUGAUUUACCAUCAAGAAGUGGGUCGGAAACAUCUGCAAGUAAAUCAGAAUCAUCAAAUGUAGAAAAGUCAGACUCUUUUAAAGGAAAUGAUCCAUUUACGGAUCCGGAAUUUAGGAAGAAUCCAUUAUUUAAUGAUUUAAGAACGUUACGUAAAGUGUUACCAGAGAAAGAUCCAAAUGAAAUAUAUGCUUUCUUGGAAGCACACUAUGACAAAGCCAACAGAGUGCAAAUUGUUAUUGAUGAACUUACUAAAUCGGAGAGCCAAGAAUCCUUAUCUCUACCAACAGCAGAUUCUUCUGAGGAUUUUGAUAGAGGAAAAGCACCACUUACUGCUGUAGACAAAUUCCAUGCAGAUUUAAAUGAACUCAAAGAAAUAUUCAGGGACUGUGAUCCAAAUUAUCUUUACAAUAAACUAGAAAGUAGAUCAGGUGAAGCAGAUAGAGUACAAAUAAUAGCUGCUGACCUGUUUGAACAUAAAAAUUAUCCAAAGUUGAAAGAUAUCAAGGAAAAAGAAGAGAAGGAAGAUCUCAAGGAUAAGAUUGUUAAUAUGAAGUUUGAUAUGAAAACAUUUUUGAAGAAGUUCACAAAUCCUAUGGAAUAUUUUCAGAACACAUCUCGCACAUUAAAUCAGAAUUAUAAGGACCAUGUAUUGGUCUAUAUGAAGAAUACAUAUCCUUUCUUGAAAGUUGGAUAUAUUAAGAAAGUGUUGGAGCAACAUAAUUACCACUUAAGUCCAACAGUGAAGAUGGUAGACCAAGAAUUGCAGCUAAUUGCAGAUAGACCUUCCAAGAAAAAGCGGGUUACACCCAGAUUCGAACAUCUUGAUUACCCGGAAAAUCCUGAUGAACCAUUUUUCCAAGAAGUAAUGUUUUGCAAUCAUAGGCAAGAGAUUAAAGAUUACAUAGGUGAGCAGACACGGGCGAGAAAUUUGAAGAUUGAGGCAGCUAGGAAGAAUGGAGAGUUGUUAGAAUGUGGUUGUUGUUUUGACGACGAGUGUUUAUUUGAGGAGAUGGCAGCAUGUGCCGAUGGCCAUAUUUUCUGUAAGGAAUGUAUACGACGGUCAAGUGAAGCAGCAGUGGGUGAAGGAAAGACAAAGUUUCUCUGCCUAACAGGAACAUGUGAGUUAGAAUUCCCGCUGACUGUGUUACAAGAGCUUCUUCCAGCUACAACGUUUUCACUUGCUUUACGCAAGAUGCAAGAAGAAGAACUAAGGCAGGCAGAUAUUCCUGACCUAGUUAGCUGCCCCUUUUGUUCUUUCGCUACUAUAAUCCCUGAUCAGGACGAUAAAGUAUUCAAAUGUCUGAAUCCAGAGUGUCUAAAGGAGUCAUGCAGACUAUGUAAAGAGUUGAACCAUAUCCCACUAAGAUGUAAUGAAGUUGAGAAACAAGGUGCAACAAACAUGAGGACUUAUAUAGAAACCAAAGUAUCAGAGGCAAUGUUACGUAUUUGUCCAAAGUGUAAAAAAAGAUUCUACAAAGUGGAAGGAUGCAAUAAGAUGACAUGUACAUGUGGAACAUCAAUGUGUUAUGUGUGCAGAACACCAUACAUAGAUUAUGAUCAUUUUGAUAAUGGAGGUUGUUCAAUAGAUAGUGAUGUAAAAGACCUUCAUGAUACAGAGAUGAUGGAAGCUGCCAGGAAGGCAAAGGAGGAGUAUCUCAGGGAUCACCCUGACCAAGAUCCACAACUAGAUACAGAUACUCUCAUUAACAAAUUAAAAGGGGCCUGGAAUGAUGAGAUAAAUGAUGGAUACGAUGAUGAUAAUGAUUACGAUGACUAAUAGAUGAUAAUGAUUAUGAUGACUACUAAAGAUGACUUUCCUGGUGAUGGCUUGAUGGAGGUCAGACUGAGAACUAUUGAAAACUUAUCAAAUGAACAUCAGGUUUUUCAUUAGUUGUUUAAGAAAGAAAAAGUAUUAGAUGUUAGUGCAAUAACUUAUCGUGAUAUUCUUAAAUUUAAGAAUUUAAUGAAUCAGUCUUAUUGAGUAUGAAGGGCCAAAUUGAAGAAAUUCAAGAGAGUGGUUAGGUUCUGGAAAUGCAAUAGCAGUAGCUAUGUGCUGACUGUGUGCUGCAGUACUACAUUGUGAGACAGACAGACUGUGUGCUAAAGUACUAAAUUUUUAGACUGACUGUGUGCUAUAGAGCUACAUAUUCCAGGAAAGACGUUGAUUAUAGAGAUAUUUGAUAAUGUGCUGGUGAUAAUUGUAGUGAUUAGUAUUCAGUAGGAUUUACCUCAGGUAGGAUCUUAGUAACAUAUUGAUGAAAGUAAUUAAGUUUCUCUACAUAGCAAUCUUGGAAAUGUUUUGUGUAAGAAACAUCAUUUUUUGUAUGUUUUU